AUGGUGCUUUUCAAUGCAAUAUUAGGAACUCAGGAUCGGCGUCGAUUGCUCAGGAGCAUGGAGCAACUCGACAAGCCGUCAACAUCCGGCUAUUCAGGUCGUGACAAUCCUGGCUAUCCCGAGGAUCCUGAGGAGAACUCCAAAACAAUCGAGAGAAUCGAGGUGGUCACCCGAGAGCUCCGUAUACACACUCGGACCGAAUCGAAGCCUGGCGGCCCGCUAUCGUCUAGCCUACAAGCGGAUCUUUCAAAAGGCCCAACCACGGCGCACGUAAAAACCGUUGAAAUUGCGCGCGACGUCGCCAGACAGUGCCGCGCAAACAAGUACAAUAAGGAAGCGCAGGAAUUGGCGAAAAUUCUCGGUUCACCUCACGUGGAUAAUCUGCUUGACGCUCACGAUCAAGUCGCCCUGAUGACUCUACGGAAACAGGCCGACGAUGAGAAAGUACAAGAGAGCGCCACAGAGACGGAGGAUGAGUCUUUCGACAAAAAUCAGCCAGAGACAAGCUCGGACGACGAAGAUGAACAAGACACUUCGCAGGAUUCCCUGGCUACAGAGUCGCUCAAGGUCGUCGUUGUUCGCAAAGUUGACGGAGAGCCCCUGGGGAUAACCGUCGACGCUUGCCCGGAGUCUGGCCGUGUGCGAAUAGCCCGGAUCCUGGCCGGGGGUCUGAUCGAGAAACAGGGCAUGUUACACGUUGGAGACAAGAUUGUGGAAGUCAACAACGUCAGAACGUCGACGGCGGAGAACCUACAAAUCAUGCUCCGGAAAGCCAAACCCGGCGCUUUAGUCUUCAAGGUCAUCCCGUCACCCCACGACACCUCUAUGCAUAGCAACAGUUUCGUGAAGACCCUGUACUCGUACGAUCCGUCUAAAGAUACUCUGCUACCGUGCAAGGACAUCGGGCUGGCCUUCAGUAUGGGUGAUAUCCUACAGAUCUUGAAUACCCAGGAUCCCAACUGGUGGCAGGCGCGUAAAUUAGGAACAAGGGGACACGCAGGACUCAUCCCGUCCCAGGAACUCGAAGAGCGACGCAGGGCCUUCGUUCCAGCCGAAUUCGACUACGCCACAACCACCACGAUGUGCGGAACGAAACUCACCCGGCACAAGCGCAAGACGUUCUACGAAACGAGAUUAGCCGACGAAUUCGAGAAGGCCGAGCUCGCUCUCUAUGAAGAAGUCACGAAAGUCCCACCGUUCGAAAGGAAAACACUCGUGCUGGUCGGAGCCAGCGGUGUCGGACGACGAUCCCUCCGGAAUCAGUUGAUCGACGAACACCCCGGUCUAUUUGGAGUGCCACUGCCACACACGUCCCGACCGAUCAGAGAGGAUGAGAUCGACGGAAAAGUGUAUCAUUUCGUUAGUCGAGAGCAGAUGGAGGCCGAUAUCGCGGACAAUAAAUACCUGGAGUGGGGCGAGUUCGGUGGACACCUCUACGGGACCAAACUCGACUCAAUUCGGGAAAUAAUGAGCCGAGACAAAAUGGUCAUCUUGGAUUGUAGUCCACAGUAUCUCAAGAUAUUGAAGAGUCCCGAAUUCAUGUCGUAUGUUGUUUUCGUCGCGGCUCCGCCAAUGCCCGAGCUGCGAGGAUUGUACGACGGGAACCGUUACGGAAGCAAAUACGGGAGACUCGAUUUGAAUUUGACGUUCGAUCGCGCCAUGAGCCGUCAAAGUCGUCGAGCUCUCACGCUUCAGAGCUUAGCAUCACUGCAAGAGGACGAGGAUCUCAAGCGCACCAUCGACGAGAGUGCGAGGCUCGAGCGACAAUUCGCUGCUCAUUUCGAUGCAACCAUUGUCAACCACGCGUUCGACAAGACCUACGAUCAGCUGAAAGACCUAAUCGAGCAAACACGGACCGAACCACAAUGGGUUCCUGUGUCGUGGGUUUUCUAA